AUGUCUCUGCGGCUGGUCUGUGACUGGACACCAUUCUGCCCCCUCAGUCAAGAUCUUGGGGGGUUGGAGGGUGGACGUGUGCCCCGCUCGUGCUGUGGGGAGACUCCCUGCCUGCUAACCCCUGGCACGCUUUGUCCAUCUGCAGCCGACGUGGCCCAGCAGUUCCAGUAUGCCGUGCGGGUGAUCGGCAGCAACUUCGCUCCAACUGUGGAGAGAGACGAAUUCCUGGUGGCUGAGAAGAUUAAGAAGGAACUCAUUCGACAAAGAAGAGAAGCAGAUGCUGCGUUAUUUUCGGAGCUGCACAGGAAGCUUCAUUCACAGGGAGUAUUGAAGAAUAAAUGGUCCAUACUCUACCUUCUGCUGAGCCUCAGUGAGGACCCCCGCAAACAGCCGAGCAAGGUGUCCAGCUAUGCAGCAUUGUUUGCUCAGGCAUUGCAGAGAGAUGCCCACUCGACUCCCUACUACUAUGCGCGGCCACAGACCCUCCCGCUGAGCUACCAGGACCGGGGUGCUCAGUCUGCCCAGAGCUCCGGCAGCGUGGGCAGCAGCGGCGUCAGCAGCAUCAGCUUGUGUGCCCUCAGCGGCCCUGCACCAGCGCCACAGUCCCUCCUCCCAGGACAGUCCCAUCAGGCUCCAGGCGUGGGAGACUGCCUCCGACAGCAGCUGGGCUCCCGGCUUGCAUGGACUCUAACUGCAAAUCCGCCUUCUUCACAAGCCACUACCUCAAAAGGUGUCCCCGGUGUGGUGUCUCGCAACAUGGCAAGGACCAGGAGAGAUGGGGAAGCGGGUGGCACCACAGAAGUUACCGAGGCAGCUCUGGUGAGGGACAUUCUGUACGUCUUCCAGGGUAUAGAUGGCAAAAACAUCAAAAUGAACAACACGGAGAAUUGCUACAAAGUCGAAGAGAAGGCAAAUCUCAGUAAGUCUUUGAGAGACACGGCAGUCCGACUUGCUGAGCUGGGGUGGCUGCACAAUAAAAUCAGGAAAUACACCGACCAGAGAAGUGUGGACCGUUCCUUUGGACUUGUGGGCCAGAGCUUUUGUGCCGCCUUGCACCAGGAGCUCCAAGAAUACUACCGCCUACUCUCCGUUUUGCAUUCCCAGCUGCAGCUGGAGGACGACCAGGGUGUGAACGUGGGACUGGAGAGCAGCCUCACGCUGCGGCGCCUCCUGGUGUGGACCUACGACCCCAGGAUGAGGCUGAAGACGCUCGCGGCCCUGGUGGAUCACUGUCAAGGGAGGAAGGGAGGUGAGCUGGCGUCGGCCGUCCACGCCUACACAAAGACCGGAGACCCGUGCAUGCGGUCCCUGGUGCAGCACAUCCUCAGCCUGGUGUCCCAUCCUGUCCUGAGCUUCCUGUACCGCUGGAUCUAUGAUGGGGAGCUGGAGGACACGUACCACGAGUUUUUCGUGGCCUCAGACCCAACUGUUAAGACUGACCGGCUGUGGCAUGACAAGUACACUCUGAGGAAGUCGAUGAUUCCCUCGUUCAUUACGAUGGAUCAGUCCAGGAAGGUUCUCUUGAUAGGAAAAUCAAUAAAUUUCUUACACCAGGUUUGUCACGAUCAGACUCCCACUACAAAGAUGAUAGGCGUGACCAAGUCUGCGGAGUCCCCCCAGGAUGCUGCGGACUUGUUCACAGACCUAGAGAAUGCGUUUCAGGGGAAGAUCGACGCUGCUUAUUUUGAGACCAGCAAAUACCUGUUGGAUGUGCUCAAUAAAAAAUACAGCCUGCUGGACCACAUGCAGGCCAUGAGGCGGUACCUGCUUCUCGGGCAAGGAGACUUCAUCAGACACUUGAUGGAUUUGCUCAAACCGGAACUUGUCCGUCCAGCCACAACUUUGUAUCAGCACAACCUGACCGGGAUCCUGGAGACCGCCGUCAGGGCCACCAACGCGCAGUUCGACAGUCCCGAGAUCCUGCGGAGGCUGGACGUGCGGCUGCUGGAGGUCUCCCCAGGUGACACGGGGUGGGACGUCUUCAGCCUGGAUUAUCAUGUUGAUGGACCGAUCGCCACUGUGUUCACUCGGGAGUGCAUGGGCCACUACCUGCGGGUGUUCAACUUCCUGUGGAGGGCCAAGCGGAUGGAGUACAUCCUCACGGACAUCCGCAAGGGACACAUGUGCAACGCCAAGCUCCUGCGGGCCAUGCCAGAGUUCGCUGGGGUGCUGCACCAGUGCCAUGUCCUGGCCUCUGAGAUGGUGCACUUCGUCCAUCAGAUGCAGUACUACAUCACAUUCGAGGUGCUCGAGUGCUCCUGGGACGAGCUGUGGAGCAAGGUGCGGCAGGCCCGGGAUCUGGACCACAUCAUCGCGGCCCACGAGGUCUUCCUGGACACCAUCAUCUCCCGCUGCCUACUGGGCGGCGACUCCAGGGCACUGUUAAACCAACUGAGAGCUGUGUUUGACCAGAUCAUUGAGCUUCAGAACACCCAGGACACCAUCUACAGAGCGGCCUUGGAGGAGCUGCAGAGACGGCUACAGUUUGAAGAGAAGAAGAAGCAGCAUGAGGUUGAGGGCCAGUGGGGCGUGACGGCUGCGGAGGAAGAGGAGGAGGAGAAGAGGAUCCGAGAGUUUCGGGAGUCGAUCCCCAAAAUGUGCUCCCAGCUGCGGAUAUUGACGCAUUUCUACCAGGGCAUCGUGCAGCAGUUCCUGGUGUUGCUGACGACCAGCUCCGACGAGAGCCUUCGGUUUCUCAGCUUCAGGCUGGACUUCAACGAACAUUACAAAGCCCGGGAGCCACGGCUCCGCGUGUCCCUGGGCACCCGAGGGCGGCGCAGCUCCCACACCUGAGGCUGCGGGUCUGCAGGGGCCGCCCGCCGCGUCACCGGACGUGGACAUUCAUCCGUGCUCGAGGCUCCUGGCGGGCCGCAGUGUCCACCACUCCCGCCCACGAGGGCUUCCGUGUCAGCGGCGUGGCCUGUGGGAGAGUCCUCGUCGUGUUUCCGUGCCGCGCAGUCCAGUGUGUUGCAACCCACCCAGUUGAGCGGGCCGGCUGCCCUGUUCACACUGACCUCUCAAGUCUUUGUAGUUUAAGAAGCCGUCACUACUGAGGCUUCUUAAUCUUAAGCUCUCCGUGUUAUAAUUUAUAUUGGUCACUUUAAAAAAAAUCAGUUUGUUUUAGAGAAAAUUAGGGUAAUGGUAUAUUCAUCAGUAAGGAUGGGUAAUGUCAUUGCUAUUUUUUUAACAUCCUCUUUAGAGGCAAUUUUUGUUAACAUAAUACAUAAUUAAAUGGAAACACAAUGUCCAUGCGAAGAAAAUAUAGAGAGCAUUUUAUUUUGUUGUUAGUGUUGUGGAAUAUUAACUCAGAGCCUUUGUAUCUUAUGCAUUCGUUGCCUUUACCCAUAUUUAUUCCUAUUUUCUCUUCUUUCAAAGUUUACAUUUUUAUAUUUAAUUUCCUAUUUCAGAUAACUUUCAAAAUAGCAUAGAAAAAGCAUAGGAGUGACAGAGAACAAAAAUGUCCAUCUGCAGUGAGCCCACGUGUCCCGGCCGUCAGUGAUGCAGGGUGGGUGUGACGUGACAGCCAGGGGGCCGACGGGUAGUUAUGUCCAAGUCUGAGGAGCACUGGAGAGAAACUGACCUGGAGGAUGAUUCCUCUUCCUUGCCUAUUUUUUCAUUGUAAAUAUUUAUAUUCUAUUGACCAGAUGCUUGGGGGGACUGUUUUUUUGUAAAAAUGUCAUUAUCAGGUCACAUAAAUCUGCCUUUAUUAUGUCAUAUAAGUGAAAACUCAGAAAAUUAAAAGCAAUUAUCUUUCAGA